CAACAUUCGACAUUUGGUUAAAGAGUUGAUAACAAGUUUUUAACAAGUUUUAACAUCUAUACAAGAAGCAACAAAUUAAAAAAAAAGAAGCUUGAGUUUUUUUUCCUUUAAGAAGGAUUUUUUAAAUUUGUUAAACAAUAUGUCUCUGUUAAAAUUGGUUUUUGUCUUCUUGGCUGUGACUGCAACGAGCAUCAACGCAAGUGUUGGACCACAUUUUGAUCUAGCACCUGCGCCUGGAGUUUACGGGGCACCUACAUUCUUACCUCCCCCGGUUCUACCACCACCUGUUUUCCCAGGACCAGGACUUCAUGUCGCACCAACAGCACCUAUAUCUCCAGCACCAGCACCAGUUCUACCAGCUCCAGCACCUUUAUGGCCUGCACCGGUUCUUCCUGCCCCAACAACACCAUUCUGGCCAGCACCAGCCCCAGUCUCGUAUUUCCCUGCCCCAGCUCCCUUAGCUGCUGCACCACUUCCACCAGUCUUCGACCCUAUCCCAUUCUCUGUUCCUACCUACCGUGCCAUCCCCGGACCCAUAACAAAACAUCAUCAUCUUUCUCUUGGAUUUGCCCAUCCAGUUCAAGUUCAAUCGGCCAAGGUUAUUGCAGCUCCAGCACCCCAUGUUCAUCCAUUUAAGUUAGUCGAUGCUCACUCUCACGCCCAUAUUCACACACAUUCGGCGCCACUACUUAGUCUACCACAUCAUCACCAUCAAUGGUGAUUUUUUGAGUUAUAGUUUAAGUAGAAACCCUCCCUAAACUGCAGAGGACGAAAAUUUGUAUGCGUACCAAAGAGUAUUUAAGUUUUAAUAUUGAAUAUUUUGAUUCUAUUAUGUUAGUAAAUUUUAUGUUUAAGAUAAAAAAUGUAUAAAAUAUCUUUUUUAUGCUCUUAAUACCUGUGAGUUGUAAUAUUAAAUGAUAGAAGAAGAAAUAAAUUUUAGCAGAUUGAACUUAUAAUUCCAAAUAAAAUAAAAAAAGAACGAGUUAA